AAGGAGUGGCGUUGGUGAGUGGCGAACCUCGCAAUCUCAUACUCGCGAUCAGUCUGUCGACUCGACGACAACCCUUCCUCUCUCAGCCAGUGCUUCACCCUCCGUCACGCACCACAGUUUGCGUUCCACUUCCCGAGGAUAAACUUCGCCUCGAAAGCCAUUUAUUUCGCCGACAACUUCCGGAAUGCUUCGAAGGAUCUCAGUGCUAAUUGUUAGCUUCGCGCUCGUCUUCGUGGUUCGUUCAGAUGAGAAUGUCAAGUGCUACAUGUGCACCUCCCUGACGCACCCAGGCUGUGACACUGAUCCAAAGACGCCCAACAUUAAAAUGGAGAAAUGUACACUGGACAGCAUGUCAGAUAUGCAAAAAAUUGUUCAACAGCACAACGAUUUGAGGAACAUAUCUUACAUCUUCGACGUCGACAACACGCAACAGUAUCAUGCUCCCGCGACAAUGGCUUGUGCCAAAAUGGUUCUUAAAGUUAAAGGGAAGGACGUGACAGUGAGAAACUGUCAAACAGCGAAGGCGGAGACUAUCGACCCAUGCAAAGCGAUCCAAAGGAAAUUUUCUAACGACAUCAGUCUGGAAUUUUGCGAGUUAUGCAUGCACGACGCUUGCAACGGUUCGACUAUAGUUACUCCGGAAUUACUCCUCAAUUUGGUAUUGGUCCUGGGAACAGUGAUUCUGCGUUCUUUUUACAACCACGCGUAACCUUUGCCACACGAAUGUAUAGAAUUGAUUACAAUCGAUUCAUAGCGCAUUCCAAUGUUCAAACACACAUACAUACACACCCUACAUGUUGUUCAUCGAUAUUUUACGUUCGUUUCACGAUCACGUAACGUUACGGUGGUGAUUUACCGCGGUAUGAAACAAGAAACGCACGCGAAAUUUUCUAUUGAGUAUUACGUGCACACUUUAUUAAGGAAAAUCUCGAACUUCCUAGGUUUUGUCAAAAAAUUUUUCACGACCGAUACGAGAGUUUCAUCGAUUACACGAUUAAAUUCUUGUUUCGAAAAUUCAGGUGCGAACCGCAGAAUUAUAAACAGUAGCUUUCGACUAAAUUCGCAUUUUCCGGGAAACACUGACGGUUUUGUACAUCGAACGUUCUUUAGAAUUCCAUUUAAUUGCCUGUACGCAUGUAUUAAAUUCUCGUUCGAAUAUUCGAGGAAGCUCCACCGUAUGUGCAUAAAUAAAUGUUUAUUAUAAACGAUAUGUAUAUUAUAUAAAGGAUACGGCUUUCGAAUAUGAAAUUUGGCCAGGUGUUUAUACCGUGAAAUGUUAUCGAGCUUCUCAACAUCGAGUACGAUGUUACCGCACGAAAAUUAUAACGAGCAAUAAAAUGUAUGUUAAAUAAUUAA